GAAUGGCGGAGGCCGCGUUCGAGCGGCGCGUGCUGCGGAGCGUGGCCGAGCAUCACUAUCUGCGCGUGCGCCUGGAGCUACCCGACGGCGGGGCCCGGCCGAACGCCGCGCAGUUCAAGCAGCUCGUGGUGACGGCGCUGAGGGAGCUGCACGGAGAGGUUGGAGCAGCUUUGCCUGUUGAUGUCUUAACCUAUGAGGAAAAAACUCUGUCUGCCAUAUUAAGAGUCAUUAGCAGUGGCCUUGUCAAGCUGUGGAGUGCUCUCACCUUGCUGGGCUUCUACCAGAACAGGAGGUGUGCCUUCCGGGUGCUGCAGACAUCUCCGUUUCUGCUUGCGUUAUCUGGCAACAGUAGAGAAUUAGUCUUGGACUGAAGGCAAUUGAUGGUUCAGCUGCAUGCAGGAG